CUAAUUGUUCUUCGCGCUAGCCAAAGCCAGACGCCAAUAUGAACUCCUCGCGCAGAGAAUCACUGGUCUACGAUCCUGAUCAAGAUGCAGAGGAAAAACGCGCCCUUCGCAAGGACUACAGAUCUCUUACGAAAAAUAUGGAAGAGUAUCAGUCUAACCUUGCCGACCUGAGUAUAGAACGGAUUGAAAAGGAUGUCGGCAAGGCAGACAAACUGUUCGACAAAGUGAAGGGUCCACAGGAGGCUACUCUUGAUUCCGCUUUCUUACUGAUGGCCUCAAAUCUGGGAGCCCAAAAGGCACGAGCUAUGAAGUCCGGAGCAGGCGCCUUCGAUGUCGACGAAUUUGUUUCAAAGCUCAUCACUUUCAUGGGUGGUCGCAAGUUUGGAGAUCAGAUUCCAGACAGUGACUCUGAAAUAGACACAGCAGAGGAUGAUCCCGACAGCGUUCUGGACUGGGAUAGGAUUGGCCGAAAAUCGCUCGCGAAGAGUCACAGGGUUCCUGCACUUAGUUUUAUGCUUGGCCCACUUUCUAUCGAGGCCAAAAAGCGUGCGUCUGUCAAACGCGCCAGAUUGGAGAAGAAUAAAGAGGAACAACGGAAGCCCCAAGAACUAAAAGAAGAAGACAUUGCCCGAUCCGAGAAUGAGACAACCAAAAACGUCGCACUUUUGGAAGCCCUGUUGGGUGAAGUCAGCCCCAUUAAUUUAUUCCGAUUCGUCAUCAAUCCCCACGACUUCGCCCAGUCGGUGGAAAAUAUAUUCCAUCUGUCGUUUUUGAUUCGGGAUGGUAAAGUCGCAUUGGACACGGAGGCUGAUGGUGAACCCACAAUUUACUUGUGUGCACAACCUUCCGAUGAGGACUAUGAGAAUGGCUUGCGAAAACAUCAAAUCGUAUUGGAAUUCGACGAGGCCACAUGGAGGCGAGCAAUAGAAGUCUUUGAUAUAAAAGAGCCCACGAUUCCUCAGAGAGCUUCUGCUCGGACACGACUUGGAAACAAGUGGUACGGUUGAUCAUAGAGCGCCGCUAUGGGCGCCAUUAUGCGCCCAUCACAACUAAUCUUCCUAUCUUAUAUUUACUAUCCUAUGGCGGGCGGUACCUUGUACAAUUAAUGGAACUAUUUUCGACCGAGGGAGAUGCCGGCUGAUAGACGUCACGCCACUGGCCGUCGGCAGAUGACUGAUCGCACUGCUUUUUGUUCGCUAGUUCACUGUCAUUAGCAAGUCUGUUCAUUCCGUAUUAUUGCGGA